AUGAAUGAAGAAAAAUUUUAUCGUGAUCCAGAAGAAUAUACUAUAUUUAAACGUCUUAAUAAUAAACAAUUUUCAAAACGUCCAAAUGAUAUUUAUGUAACACGUAAAACAAAUUUUAAAGCACAAUUAGAACGUUGUAUGAAAUUAAUAUCAUCAAAUGGUAAUUAUAGAGAAAUAUUUAUUCAUGGUAUGGGUUCAGCAUUACAACGAACAAUUAAUUUAGCAUUACAAUUUCAAUUAAAAACAAAUUGUCAAUUAUAUACA